AUGGCAUAUUGGCAGCUUGUAAUACUAGGGAAGCUGCAGCUUGCAGCUUUGAUCUUGCUGCCCCUGCAAGUACCUUGUUUGCUCAUAUUUGGGGACUCCCUUUCCUAUAAUGGGAAUAAUAACAACCUUGCGACGACAGCAAAAUCCAAUUAUCAACCAUAUGGGAUUGAUUUUCCCAAAGGCCAGCCGACUGGGAGGUUUACCAACGGUCGUAAUCUGCUGGAUUUCAAUGCGGAAGAACUGGGUUUUCAUGAGGAUUCCAUCCUUCCCUACGCUAAAGCUACCGUCGGAUCGGAUGAGAAAGUUCUUAAGGGUGUGAAUUAUGCAUCUGGCGCAGCGGGGAUUCUGAAUGAAUCUGGAAGAACACGGGGUGAUCGGAUACCGGCCAUGGAUGAUCAGCAGUUGACAAAUCACCAAAAAACGGUGUCGCGCAUUAUCAACAAGUUGGGAAAGAAGAACGCCACUCAACUCCUAAACAAAUGCAUAUACUCGGUUGCAAUCGGCCGGCACUAA